AUGGAACCGGAUACGGGUACGCCAGGUUCUGUAAGACAUGAAUCCAAUCCAACCACGCCUAUACAACAAACAAACACAAAAACAGAAGUUAAUGAACGUGAAAUUAUCAUUGGUAAUAAAUAUUAUGUAAAAUUAUCCGAUCAUAUGGAUUCCGAAAGGGAAAUUAAACAUCGCAUUGGGGAGAUUUUAGCGAAUCGAACCAAUUCUGAAGGAAAUCAAGAAUAUUACAUUCAUUUUCUCGAUUUUAAUAAAAGACUUGAUGAAUGGGUAUCAGAAGAUCGUAUUGAUGUUCAAAGGGACGUGAUUAUUGAGAGACCAAAAUUUACGACACCAAAAAAAUCCUUGACAACGAAUUUAUCUUUGGACGUUAGUAAAGUUUUAACAACACCUCCGACUUGGGAGGCGGUUGGAGCUAUGAGUUGCGGACAAAAUAAGAGGAGGGUUAAAAAUUUACAAGAAAUUCAUUUUGGAGAAUAUCAUAUCGAGACUUGGUAUUUUUCACCGUAUCCCGAAGAGUUUAAUGAUUCACCUAUAAUUUAUAUUUGUGAAUUUUGUUUAAGUUAUUUCAUAAGUGAAUUUCAAUUACGUCGUCAUAUUAAAAAAUGUAAUAUAAUGCAUCCACCGGGAAAUGAAAUUUAUAGAGAUGAAGAAAUUUCAUUCUUUGAAAUUGAUGGGGCUCGACAGCAAACUUAUUGUCAAAAUUUAUGUUUAUUAUCAAAAUUAUUCUUGGAUCAUAAAAGUCUCUCUUAUGAUCUAUUACCUUUCCUUUUCUAUAUCAUGUGUAAACAAGAUCAAUAUGGGUAUCAUAUCGUUGGAUAUUUUUCAAAGGAAAAAAAUUACACGUUAAAUAACUUGGCAUGCAUCUUAACCCUUCCACCUUAUCAACGUAAAGGUUACGGUAGAUUAUUGAUCUCUUUUUCAUAUGAAUUAUCAAAAAUCGAGGGUCGGAUUGGAUCUCCCGAAAGACCCUUAUCAGAUCUGGGAUUGUUGUCUUACCAACAAUAUUGGUAUGAAACCAUUCUAGAAGUUUUAUGGGACACAAAAGAAAUCGGAGAGGAUUUUAUUACCAUAGAUGAGAUUACUGCUAAAACGAGCAUAACUCAAUCCGACAUACUUUUCACUUUAUACGAAUCUGGUAUUUGUGUUUAUCAAGGACAAGUUUGUAUUAGAUUAACUGAGGCCAUGUUAGAUACAAGUUUAAAUUCCAUAUCUAGAAAACGGAGGAUCAAUAUUGAAAACUUAAAAUGGUCCCCUCCUCAUUUCACUGCGAAUCAACUUAGAUAUAAAAAUUAA